UAAGUUAAAUACAGUGGAGAGAGUAAGACGAGAGAGAGAGAGAGAAUCAGAAGAUGUCAUCACAUGGGAGCGAUCCACGUCAGCCAUCAUCGGCGAAGCCAUACGUACCACCGGUGAUAGCUCCACAGGAUCUUCCGAUCGAUUACGCCGGUUUCAUCGCCGUCUUAUUCGGCGUCGCCGGCGUUAUGUUCAGGUAUAAGCUGGGUUCGUGGUUGGCUCUCAUAUUUUGUGCUCAAUCCAUUGUUAAUAUGAGGAAUGUUGAAAAUGAUCUUAAACAAGUUAUGAUGGCUAUGAUGUUUUCUUUAAUGGGAUUGAUGACAAACUACUUUGGGCCUCCAAGACCUGGCAAGCAAAGUUGAGAUCUCGAGUUCUUGAGAUGAAAAAUUACCUUUUUGUUGAGUCUUUUCAGGAUUAGAUCAACAAGUGCGAGAGGGAAUUUAGAGUAAUUCAGUGUCUGUGUUUUCUAAUUCGCUGUAUUAAAUAUGCUUCUGAAACUGCAUAUCUGUCAAUUUGGACAAUUUGAUGUUAUAAACUUUGAAAGCUGAAGAUAGAUUAGUUAGGAUUCUGAGCAGAGCUACAUGAUUAAUAAUGUGUUUGCCUAUACGUUUA